UUUUUGUUUACACAUCUUUGUGUAUUCUAAUUCAUUUAUGUAAUGAAACUAUUUGCCGAAAUGUUACUAUUACUUGAACGUGAACUGGCGAUACUCGUUAGUUGUAAGUGAAUCAACAUGAGCAAAGGAAGACUCAGGCAGGUCCAUGCGGCAUUUGCCGGUGGCUUUGGGUCCCUAGUGAUGGGGGCCCUCAACGUCUGGCCAUCAUAUACAUCGGAGUUAUACUCUUCAAAUACCACCACACCAUUAUCAGCCCCUAUGACGAAGGGAGAAGAAGCCAUGUUGGGUAGUUUACCUUCAUUGGGUGCUAUGGUUGGAACAGCCGUCGCUGGUACAUUGAUUAAUGCUUUAGGCAGAAGAAAUGGUGGUGUGAUAUUGUCUUUGCCGUUUGUGUUAUCAUGGGCUGUGGUGUCAGUAACGUCUUCAAUAAACCUGAUCUUAGCAGCGAGGUUCUUCGCUGGAGUAGCUGGUGGUGGCUUCUUGGUGUUAGCUCCUAUUUUCACUUCAGAAGUUGCUGAGGAUUCUAUACGAGGAAGCUUGGCUUCAGCGUCAAUAUACCUGUACUGCAUGGGGACAUUGAUGUCAUACCUCGUCGGCUGGUUCCUCACGUAUAGAACAAUUAUUUGGCUGCAGCUGAUACUCAGUAUUGUGUGCACCGUCCUUAUAUUGUUGGUUGUGGAGAGCCCUGUGUACUUGUUGAAGAAGAAUAGGGAAGAGGACGCAAAAGAAGCGAUAGCGAAAUACAGAUCGGUGUCUCCAAACUCAAUGGUGGUGUUAGAUGAACUCUCCAGACUGAAGCACCAGAUCAUGCCAGCAGUAGAGCUUGUAUCAGUUACAGAAGUGGACCCCAAGGCGGAAGAGGCAGAAAAGCAAAAAUUAAACGAUGAAGAUAUACAGGAACCGAAGAAAAUGUCGCCAUUGAAAAUAUUAUUUGUGGCAGCAGCAUCCAGACGUGCCUUCAUGGUGGUGACCAUUGCGAUCACACUGCAGGUCUUCAUGGGGAUAGUCCCAGUGCAGGUGUACGCGAAGACAGUGUUCACUCAAACCGACCCGACCAAGUCAGAUCUGUACACCGUGCUGUUUGCCGUCAUCCAGUUCUGUGGAGCCAUGACUUCUGCUCUUGUCGCUGAUAAGGCUGGGAGACGGGUCCUAAUAAUAUCAUCAUCAAUCCUAGUCAGUCUAUGCAUGGCUGGUCUGGGCUUCCUCUUGCAAACGAAGACGGCGCCUGCAUGGGUCACCGUGGUGCUGCUGAUGGCAUACUGCUUCUCAUUCCUGGUGGGAGCUGGUACCAUACCCUAUGUGUUGUUAGCUGAGGUCUUUGAGUCUGAGGUCCAAGGCAUAGCCUCAAUGAUAAUCAUAGAAUGGGUGUGGUUCCUCAACUUCUUCAUUUUGGGCGUGUUCCCAUACAUGACCAGCAUAUUUGGCAUCUACGGCUGUUUCUACGUCUUCGGCGCAGUGGGUCUACUUAAUGCCGUCCAGUCGUUCAUCUUAGUACCAGAAACUAAAGGACUAUCUAAUGCUCAGAUCCAGGAUUUGUUUAGAGCGAGAAAGAAGAAUUAAGCGUUUAGAACAAGUAUUAGUGGAGAUUUUCUCGUUUUUGAGAAGUUUUUUUUAAGGAUUUAUGAUUUAAUUUAACCCGCUAUUGGUGACCUAUAUGUCUGUGAGACUGCGUAGUUUAAAAACUAAGAAUAUUUUUUACACUGUUUAUCGAAUAACGAUGCGAUUUCGAGUUCGAGUAGCUGCCUUAAUGUACGCCCUUUACCCUUAGUUCACCCCGUAACAGCGACAGAGGCGUCCUAUUUAUGUCAUUUUAUGUCCUUUAUUUUCUUUUUUAUACUUAUGUCCUUUCUAUGUCAAUAACUUAUUUUAUAUUCUUUAUAAUUCAACAUAGCUCACAAAUAUUAAAAACAAAUAUAUGGAGCAAAAAACCACGGUGCAGGAGACCAGAGCCACCGACUAUAUAAGACAAAUACACAUCACCAGUGGCGGGUUAAGUUUGUUUUUAUCUAUGAACAAAGCAAAGGAUUUGUUUUAAUGUAUCAGUUUUAUGGUACCAUUAUAUAAUAUUACGAUUAAAAAAUAAGUAAAAGAAAAUAUUGUCUUGAAAAGAUUAUUAGUUCAUUGUAUGUGUAUCUGUGAAUGAUGAGAUUCAAAUAGUAGAUGUUAUCACUAUUCUUUUACACGGAUAUUUAGACGCUACGACUUACUCACGUUUGAGGAGGUUACUUGACCAAUUUCAGAGGUCUUACUUAGUUGGUUUUACAUUUAACGAGAUCGAAACGAGAGCGUGUUUGGCGCGGGUUCCCUCUAUCUGGCAGAAUUUUAAUGCUCCGAAAUUUGUUUGGCAUAACACACCUGGCAGAAUCUUCUUUAAACGAAUAUACAUAUGGCAUAAAAAUUGUUUAAUAUAAUUAUUGUUUUGCCGAAUGUUUAUAUGUCCGAAUUUACAAAGGCAUACUUUUAAGAUGGUAGAAUUUUAUUUGGCAUAAUUACGUUUGGCAAAGCUUAAUUUUGCAUAAUUUUGUUUCACAUAACGUUUAUUUAGAGCGACGAUUGUUUGGCAUAAUUUCACUUGGCAUAUUAAGAAGAUGGUAGAAUAAAAGUUAGUAAAGUGACAGAACCGAAUCGCUGCAAAACCGACUGCACGUAGUCUUGUCUGCCCUACCCCUAGAGUGCAAUUUAAAAUCGCGUAGGCGCGGAGGGGCGAG